AUGAAAGUGUGCGCUUGCUUUCUGCUGUUCACCAUAUUUGCUUUAGCCUACUGCGCAGAGAGGCUGUCUGAAGAGAAAAAAAAGGGCAUGAAGCUUUCUCUACACACAGUCUUAGAACUUGACGAUGACAAGAAGAAAGAUGCCGGCCUCAUGGACAUUAUAUACAACUUCGUAAAAAAACUUAGCUCAGUUUUAAGCAAAAAGGAUUACAAAGAACAAGGCGGAAUGCGAAAAUUCCGUGAAGCUAAAGACAUGCUAUUUACCGAUUUCCUCCAAGAAGGUAUCGAAAAACUUAACAGUUAUAAAGAUGAAGAUUUUAACGAGUUCUUUGCGGUUCUGAAUGAUGAGAUUAAGAAAUACCACUACAGGGGUUGCAAGUUUUAUGAGUUGACUGACAAUCUUGAUACUAGAAGACUUUUGGAUGCUGAACUGAGUUUCAUUAAAGGCAAACCGAUGCCUAUGACGAAGGUGAAUCUAAAUGCUCUCUCUUAUAUAUUAAAAGAGGAAAUGUACGAUGAUAAUGUCAAAGAUUUCAUAGAUCACGUCAAUUCUCUAUACAAGGAUGAUUCUAAGGAAAAGUUUCAGAAAGUCUUGAAUGAAUUGGAGCAAUAUGGCGUGAAAUCUAAAAGAACAGAUGAUAAACUGGAAAAAAUAAUCAGAGAUGGUCUUAGGUCUGUUAUUUUCGACCAUUAUACAAACCUCAAUGUUAAUAUCAGAAGAAAAUUGAAAACCAAAAUCGAUAAGUUUUGGAGUAAAUUCAGAAAUAUUAAAUCUGAGAAAAAUUCUGAAGAAUCAAAAGACGACAGUGACGCAACUGAAUUAAAAAAUAAACCUAAGACUUUGAACAGUAAAGCAAUUGUUGGCAAAAGUAAACUUAGUAAAAGAGACAGAAAAAUCAGAGACAUAUUGUCAUCUGAUGAAUCACUCUCUGCAAACAAAGAUUCGACAUUAAAACCUGUAAAAAAGAAAAAGAUAAUCUCUAAAAACCUGAAAGAUGAGUCAUCUAGUCUUAACUCCGAGAAGCUCUCUUCAGCGGAAACCUUCGACAGUAACUCUAUAGAAUUCUCACUAGAACGACAACAGCAGUACAACACACAGAGAUACGCAACUCUAUACACGGAAUCAAUAACUGGAUCUCCGAAGAAGACUGCAAAAAAGGCGAAGAAGAUAAAAUCAAGAAGCAAACCGCAGAAGAAGAAUUAUCGCGCAGAGUCAAAAGAAACACCAACCUCUGAUACUCUAUUUGGGGCACGUCAAAAAACAACGCCGUCUGUUCUGAGAACGAAGAAAGUAGACAUAGAUUUGAAACAGAAGAAAAAUGACACAGUUAUUAAUGCUACGAGUAGUAAUAAUACGCAAGUACUUAAAGCAGAUGAUAAUAAAUUAAAAAGUGUUAUGAAAGAAACUAAAAGACAGUUUAGAGAUCCAAUGGAGGAUACGGACGCCGGUUCAGACAUUGCACCAGAUUCAACCGAAUUAACCAACGCAAGAAAACACAUCAAUAGCAAAUCUAAAAAUACACUUCCUGAUCAUCGUCGCACCAUACAAGUAGAAGCUGCCUUCAGAGAAAUUUCCAAAAAAAGAAAAUCAACCAAUGAUACAAGAAGAUCUCACAGAAAUAAGAAGGACUUAAGAAGAGACAACUCCUUCCCUCUCUCUUCCAUCGAAGGUCUCUCUAUAGAAAUGUUCAAAAAAGAUAGAAAUGAAAACCUUCCUUCUAGAAGAAGUGCUACUAAUAAUAAAAAUCUUAACCCAGCUGAGGUCAUAUUUCUGAAAAGGAUUAAUGACCUUGAAAAGAAGAUUAAUGAGGUCAAACAUAAAAUUGAUGUUAAUAUUACAAGAGUAGACAAAGGUAAAGGAAAAGAUGAUAUUGUGAAACUUGUUGGUGGAAAGGUGGAAGAAAAGAAAACUAAAAAGAUAGAAAAGAAAUCGUCAAGUAAGACGGAAACGGAAUUAACGGAAAAUAAUCAAAAAAUGAAAUCAGGGUCAUCUACGCAAGAUGCUAAAGAAGAUAUAAAAGAUAUAAAUAGUAAUAAAAACAUUCAUUACGACGACAAAUCUAGCAAUAUAACAGAUAUCAAUAAAGAAUCUACUUCAAAAGUUAGAAAUGACACUAAAGACAAUGUUGCCAGUUCAAAAAAUGAAGUUAAAUCUGAACUAUGUCCUGGGGCCCGAUUCUCCUAA